CCCCUACCAUGGCAGUGAAAGUGGUGUUUUCUUUUCGUGUCAGGAGUGACUUGCACCAAGUUGCUUCUGGUGUGAGAGAAUUGACCGUCUGCAAGGACGUUGCCCAGGAGACGCCUGGAUGUUUUGAUGUUUUUACCAUCCUUGUAGGAGGCUUCUCUCAUGUCCCUGCAAAGUGGUGGUAAAUUGCAUUAAUUUUAUGAUGUAGAUGUACCCUUGGUCUUUUGAUGGAAAUAGAUGGAUAAAGAUCCUUUAAGAAUAUUAUAACUUGUUAUGCUGUGUGAGAGUUAUUGGACCUGUUGAUUCCAGAUGGCGAUGGAUAAUAGCAGCACCACUGAGGGGUUUGUCCUGCUGGGAUUUGGAGUCACAGCACAGAAGUGAUUCCUGCUCCUCAUCUUCUUUGCCAUUCUCUACAUACUGACUUUGGUGGAGAACAUCAUCGUGAUCCUCCUGGUGUUCCUGGAUGCCCACUUGUCCCAGCUCCCCAUGUACACUCUUCUGAGCAACUUCUCCUGGCUGGAGAUAUGCUACGUGACCACCACCGUGCCCCGAAUGCUUUUCGACCUGACUGCCUCCCAUAGGACCAUCUCCUUCCAGGCCUGCUUGCUCCAGUUCUACAGUUUAUUCUCUCUUGGCAGCACUGAAUUCUUCUUCCUCUCGGCCAUGGCUUUGGAUCGGUACCUGGCUGUCUGCCACCCACUGCAUUACUUGCAAAUCAUGUCCCCUAAAUUCUGCUAUGCUUUAGUGUCCACUUGUUGGAUCCUUGGCUUCCUGGGGUACAUUGUCCCAGUGACUCUGAUCUCUAGGUUGUCCUUUUGUAGACCCAACAUCAUCAACCAUUUCUUGUGUGAUCCUGGACCAGUCUUGUCCUUGGCCUGUCCUCCAGUCGGAAAUGUUCCUCUGGUCUGUCGAAUUAUCAUGCAUGCUAUCUUUGUAAGCAAUGUCCUGUUUGUUGUAUUUUCAUACGGCAAGGUGAUUUUCACUUUGAUUAAAUCUUCCAACCAAGGCAGCCGCAAGAAGGCCUUCUCCACCAUAUCUAUGCACCUUUUGGUGGUGACACUUUUCUACGGCUCGGUCGGAGGGAUGUACCUAAUUCCAGGUGGAGAAGGACCAACUGUGAUCACUAAGGCCAUAACCGUCUUCUAUGCUACCAUCACACCCUUUGUGAACCCAUUAAUCUAUUGUCUGAGGAAUGACCAGGUCAAAGAGGCAAUGGGCAGAUUGCUAAGGAGAAUUAUGAGAUCAAUGCUUUUGAAAGGCACAGUGUAAACAAUGCAACAGAAGAAAAAACAAUGGUCCAACUCUGUACAACAAUUAAAUAAAUCCAACUCAAACAGCCCACUUGUACAG